UGUCUUUUCCUCUGCCCCUAACUUACACGCAUGCACGAACACUCCGGCGCACAGCAACCAACAAGAAGAAUCUAAGUCCCCUUCGCAACCGUUUCGUAAAUUUUGGCCAGCCAUGGGCUGCGGCGCAUCGAAGUCUCCCUCCGUCGUGUACGUGAACGGCAGGCCAACGUUCGAGGGUGACGAGGUGGUGAAGGGGUUUGACGAGGGCAAUGGCCUCCUCUUCCGCAUCGUGAAUAACAAAAAGAGGCAGUGGGCUUACUACAACGACACCACCGAGUACGAGAUGCACGUGAAGGUGAAUUUUGGCGAGGACUGCGACAUCAGGGCUCUUGGCAAGACGCAUCUGGAGAAGUUGGAUUCAGGUGAGUACCUGGCGACAGUCGUCAUCUACCCGUGCGAGACGGAGAUGUUUAUUGAGGGCCGUGUGAAUGGCUUCAGGGUGAAGAUGGACGCGCUUCCUCUUUCUGAGGAAUACAGGCGUCAGAAGGGGUCAGCGGGAAAUAAAUAA